GUACUGCAGGGAGAAGGUUCCACGAGUCCCAGAAACUUUACUCAAGAAAAGGAAAAGUCUUGAGAAGGUUAAAGCUGCCCGUGAGGCUGCCAAGGUUGCACAGAAAAAGGUUCAACACAAGAAAAGAAAGUUAAUCUUCAAGAGGGCUGAGCAAUAUGUGAAGGAAUAUCGCCAGAAGGAACGCGAUGAGAUGCGAAUGAAAAGGAUUGCCAAAAAGCAUGAAAACUUUUACGUUCCUCCUGAGGCUAAUCUAGCUUUUGUCGUCAGGAUCAGAGGUAUCAAUGGAGUAAGUCCCAAGGUCAGAAAGAUCCUGCAGCUCCUUCGUCUUAUUCAGAUCAACAAUGGAGUAUUUAUCCGUCUAAACAAGGCUUCAUUGAACAUGCUAAGGAUAGUGCAGCCAUACAUUGCUUAUGGCUACCCCAACUUGAAAACAGUCCGUGAGCUUAUCUAYAAGAGAGGCUAUGGUAAAGUUGAUGGCCAAAGAGUUGCUCUCUCAGAUAAUGCAAUCAUCGAGAAAGYWUUAGGGAAAUGUGGUAUCAUYUGUGUCGAGGACCUUAUCCAUGAGAUCUUUACAGUUGGAGAAAACUUCAAAGAGGCCAAUAAUUUCUUGUGGCCAUUCAAGCUAAACACACCAACUGGGGGCUUCCGCAAGAAGACCACUCAUUUCGUUGAAGGUGGUGACCAUGGCAAUCGGGAGGACAAGAUUAAUGCCUUGGUGCGCAAAAUGAAUUAGAGCCUGUAAAAUCCUGAAAUAAAAAAAGUUCCAUCUACAGAAA